AUGAGUGGGCUGCACAAGUACAUGCACAAACUCAACUUCUACCUCAUUAGUCAGUCAAAGAACAAGGGUUCUGAACAGUUGGCACAUGUUCUUGCUCUGGAGAAAACAGUUGAGGACUAUCAGUGCCAUGUGGAUCAGUUAGAGAAGGAUCUUGUUGAUGAUUGUGUCAAUGACAUUGUUGACUACAAUCUACAACUUGCUGCAGCAAAAAGGUCACUGUCAAAGGCAGCCCAGGCCCUCAAGAAGACAAAGGCUUCAUUGGGACUUUCUGCCCAAACUGACCUUCAUCUGCUGAGGAACAACAAGUGGCUCCAAACACAAACAAAUGCACAAGCACUUAAGGUUUGGAUAAGGGAACAACUUCAUCAGCGCAAGUUUGAGUUCCAGCAACUACAAUGGUCAUAUGGGACCUCUUCCAGUAGUGAGCAAAUUUUUAUUUCUGGCUGCUAUGUUCAAUAA